AAGCUGAAGCAGCAUUGUUAACAUUGUACAUUUCAGUCAAUAAAAUUAUAUUUGUGUAGCAGAUGGAAAUUUUUCUAUAUUAGAUUAACAUGUAGUUGUUUUUAAACCAAUAAAACUGUAUUAUGUAGUGGAAGGAUAAUUUUCUACAUUGGAUUACACUACGAUUACUGGAUUAAAUCUACGUUGAAAAGUAUCGAAAAUGGCGGGGUUCACCUGGCUGGACUACUCGGUGUUUGCCUUCAUGCUGUUUGCUUCGACUCUGGUUGGAGUCUACUUUGCUUUCUUCACAAAACGGAAGCAGAAUUCAACCGCCGAAUAUCUGGUUGGCGGACGCAGUAUGGGGGUGUUUCCGGUAUCAAUGUCUCUGAUUGCGAGUUACGUAUCGGGCAUAUCACUGCUUGGUAUUCCGGCCGAAAUCUACACAUAUGGCACACAAUAUUGGCUGCUUAUGAUUUCCGACGCAUUCGUCAGCCUGACCAUGGCUUAUAUUUACCUCCCAGUAUUCUACAGUCUCAACAUCACAUCUUCCUAUGAGUAUUUGAGUCUACGCUUCAAUUCAAGUGUACGACUUUUUGGCUCAUGUCUCUUCCUUCUUAAAAUGAUGCUUUACAUUCCAAUUGUGAUGUACGUGCCUGCUCUGGCCUUGAGUCAAGUUUCAGGAAUCAACUUGCAUCUGAUAACACCACUCGUUUGUACAGUGUGCAUUUUUUACACAUCAUUGGGUGGUGUGCGAGCGGUGGUGUGGACAGACUGUCUGCAGACCAUAAUGAUGGUGGCUGGAGCUAUACUAGUCGUCGUCAUUGGCUCCAGGGAUCUCAGUCCAUCCGUUGUCUGGCAGAGAAACGUCGACAGUGGUCGUAUCGAUUUUUUCAACUGGGAGUUGGAUCCAACCAUUAGACACACUGUGUGGUCUGUGAUCUUGGGGAACUACUUCUAUUGGUUGGCAGCCUGUUCUGUGAACCAAGCCAUGGUACAACGGUGUCUGUCUCUGCCCACCCUCCGCCAAGCCAACAUGGCUAUUGCUAUUUUGGCGGUGGGAAUCGCAAGUAUUGUCUCAAUAUGCUGCUACACAGGCUUACUCAUCUACGCACAUUACUAUGACUGUGAUCCUGUUUCUAUCAAGAGAAUCGGAAAAGCUGACCAACUGCUGCCUCUUUACGUGUUGGAGGUUGCCAGUGUGCUGCCUGGACUACCCGGUAUAUUCAUGGCUGGCGUUUUUAGUGCAGCUCUAAGCACUAUGUCAACUGGAUGGAAUUCGAUGGCGGGUGUCAUCUAUGAGGAUCUAGUUAAACCGCGGCUGAAAAAGCCCAUGUCCGAACUGAACGCAAGUCGCUUCAUGAAGGCGAUCGUCGUUUUGAUUGGAAUCCUGUGCACUGCUCUUGUUCUGGCUGUUGAGAAACUUGGUUUGAUUAUUCAGGCAGGAAAAAGCCUUGGAGCUAUCACAGCUGGUCCUUUGUUGGGGAUGUUUUCCCUUGGAAUGCUCUUCCCAUCCACUAAUUCUAAAGGAGCUUUAUUUGGAGGAUAUGCGAGUCUGUUUCUUGUUGCAUGGUUAUCACUCAACUCUCAGGCAGCUGUUGCCAAUAAACGGCUGGUCUAUCCAGUGAAACCGAUUUCAACUUCUGGGUGUAAUGUGACUGUAGGCCCACUGCCGACUGCAGCCGACCCUUCUAUAAGCAUAACGGGCUACAAUGAUGUAACUCCAAUUUAUCGACUUUCCUACAUGUACUUUACACUCAUUGGAACUAUCACCGCGAUCCUCGUCGGCUUGAUAGUGAGUCGAAUAACUGGUGGAAAUGAUACCAGCUCCAUUGAUCCCAGAUUGUUCACUCCUUGGAUCAGAAGGCAAUUGGAGAGGAAUCUGCCCAAGAAAGAGAAGGUGAUAUUGGAGGAGCAUAAAUUUUAAAUAAUGGUACCUGAUCCUGAUGUGUGAGAAAACAAUGAAAAAGUCUACUUAAAAUGCGGGA